AUGGAUGUCCUUGUUUCAUCUUCAUUUGCCAUUUUUUUCCUUGCAUUAUUUACUCAUCUUCCUACAUCUCUUUGCCGCCUAAGCAGAGAGUUUAAAACUUGCAGUCAGACAUUUAACUGUGGAAACAUAACAAAUAUAAGCUACCCUUUCUAUGGCUUAAACAGACCAUCAUAUUGUGGGCAUCCUGGGUUUGAGCUCUUUGGCUGCAAUCAAACUGAUGCUCUUAUGACGAUGAAGUCGCAAACUUUUAUGGUUAUGAGCAUCAACUACACAUCUUCCACUAUUAAAGUUGCGAGGCGAGAUUUUAAGCAAAAAUUUGGGUGCCCUGAUCACCUAAACAACAUCACAAUUGAUUCAGCUAUUUUCCAAUAUACAGCUCUUAAUGCCAACCUCACCUUGUUUUACGGUAAUUGUUCAUCGUUAUGUAAUCUUACGACGUUUCAAGCAUUCCCUUGUCCUAUGAGUCCACCUCAAAGAAAUUUAUCAGUUUGUUGGCUGACCAAGAAUGCCAUGUUGAAAAGUAACAUCACUGAAGCUUCGUGUCCAAACCAUAUUUUCCUUCCGAUACACAUUUCAGACAAUCUGAUGCUGGAUCAAGGGGGAGGUUACAAUCCUCUAGUUGCUUCGAACGGUUUCGAGCUUGGAUGGAGCGCGAAUAAUAGAUUGUGUCAAGCAUGUCUUAGAUCAGGAGGCCAGUGUGGGCAUGAGCCGCAUUCGAAGAAGUUCUUUUGUUUCUGCACUGAUGAAUCCAAGUGCCCCUUCCCAGGAUCCAUUCCAUACAAGGUUUUUCUAACCAAAUCCAAGAUCACACUACUAGCUUCUUUUUCAGUUAUUGGGGUAGGAAUUUUACUUGUUUUAGUAAUCUGUGUAAGAAGAAGAUGGUUAGCAAAGGAGAAAUCUCGGAAAAAGAAGAAGCCAGAUGUUGAGGCUUUCUUAAGAAAUCAUGGAACUGUUGGACUACAACGACACACAUACUCUGAUCUGAAGAAAAUAACUAAUUCUUUCAGAGAUAAGCUAGGUGAAGGAGGCUAUGGUGCUGUAUACAAAGGAAAGCUCCAAAAUACAGGGCAUCUUGUGGCAGUAAAAAUUCUGAAAAAAACAGAAGGAAAUGCAGAGGAGUUCAUUAACGAGGUUGCAAGUAUCGGAAAGACUAACCAUGUUAAUGUUGUCACACUCUUAGGCUUUUGCUAUGAAGGUCGAAACCGAGCUCUUGUCUACGACUUCAUGCCCUAUGGAUCUCUUGAGAAGUACCUGUAUGGAAGAAAUAACCACCACUUGUUAUCAUGGGAAGAGCUAUUCCAAAUUGCAGUUGGAAUUGCAAGAGGGCUUGAAUACUUGCAUCGAGGUUGUAACACGAGAAUACUUCACUUCGACAUUAAGCCACACAACAUUCUCCUAGAUGCAAAUUUUUGCCCAAAGAUUUCUGAUUUUGGCCUUGCUAAGUUAUGCCCGCGGAAGGAGAGCCUUAUCUCGAUAUCUGAAGCUAGAGGAACUGUGGGAUACAUUGCUCCUGAGGUAUUUCUUAGGAGUUUUGGUGGUGUUUCAUACAAGUCAGAUGUUUAUAGUUAUGGAAUGCUGGUUCUUGAAAUGGUUGGGUGUAGAAGAAAAGCUGAUAUUGAAGGUGAUGAUCAAAGCAGAACUGAAAAAUAUUUUCCUCAAUGGAUAUAUGAGAAACUCGAAGUAGGGGAAACACUUGAUGAUCAAGAGAUGUUAAGUGCUGAUGAGAGAGACAUUCAGAAGAAGAUGAUCUUAGUGAGCUUAUGGUGUGUGAAAACCAACCCAUCGAGUCGACCAGAGAUGAGUCAAGUGGUCGACAUGUUAGAAGGAGCGGUUGAAUCACUACAAGUUCCUCGCAUCGCCUCACUUACUCCCUCCUCGCUUGGCUCGCUAAGGUCACAGUCACAGACCCCGGCAGACAGUUUGAGUACGACACCUACACUUUAGUACAGCAGUUUGCAGUAGAUAUAGAUAUACCAUGUAUUGUAUAGUCUUUAGACCAUCUUUUGUCUGUUCUUCAGUUUAGAUUUACAACAUCAUGCCAAUAGAACUGAAGCUUCUGAAACUAGUUGUAGAGUGUUUUCUGAAAAUGUCAGAACUGGAUACACUCCACUUAUAUCAAGCGAUGAUUAUAUUGAUAUCAAAAA